AUGAAGUAUAGUUUUGGAAUAUUGGCUUUAAUAAUUGCAAUAUGCAUAUAUACACCUAUAAUAGCUACAUCACCUAUUGAGAAUGCUACUAGAGUACUUAAAACUGAAGAACCUUCAAUGAGUUCGUUAUCAAAAAUUGAGGAAAAGAUGAAUGAAUAUAUUUUAAGUAGUAAUAUAAGUGAAUUUAAAGAUAACUAUUUAACUUAUAUAGAUCAAAAUAUGACUCUGAGUGAAGCUUUUAAUAUAGUAUAUGAAGUAGUCGAAAAUUGCCAAAUAAUAAGUGAAUCUCAUUUUCUUUUUUAUAAGAGGCAUGGAAAUGGUUACUAUAUAAAUGAUAUGUGGGAAGUUUUAGAUUGUUUUGAAGGAAAUAUGAAGAUUUCAAUGAAAUUAAUAAAACAAUUACGACAGCAUUGCAACUUCCACAUUGGAAACACUAAGCUUGGAAUUGUCCCUAAGACUAUUGGAGAAUAUGUUAUAAAAUCAUGUAAUGAAUUAAAUUAUGUAGAGAAUAAAAUAGCUAGAUUGGUUGAUUACUCAUAUUUAAUGCGAUUAAUCAAGCAUAAAGCAAGAGAACAUAAUGAUGGACUUGUUAAACUUGCAGAAUUAGUAUACAAAAAUUUGAGAUUAAGUGAAUGCAAAUCACCUGCAUAUAAAAAAAAAAGCUAUGUAUGUGGUAGUAAUAAAUCACUACCAAACUCAAUUAUAUCAAGAUAUAGACAAGAAAGAAGACUAGUUGAAAUAUUAAUAAAUAAUCUAAAAUCUAUCGAUGACACCUUGCCGAUAAGACUUAGAAAUAUCCCUAAAUGUAUUCAUUUGACAGACUUUGAAUAUAAGACUAUUAUGAACCAAGCAGCUAUACUAGCUGAUAACAUAUGGUACCCAAUGGGAAUUAAAAUUAGAAAACAUAUUAAUAAUUUAAACAAAUGUUAUAAUAAAAGAAGAUUUAUUUACUCACUCAAGAGUGCUAAACAUAUGAAGGAAAAUAGAAAAGUUCUUUUCACUUUACAAGUACAAAAUAUCUUAAGACAAUUGAAUAUUAAUACGUAA